AAUGCGAUUUCAUCCUGCUUUUACUUUAAAUUUGUUGGAUGAGAGGCAGAAAACUAAAAUAUUGUGACAUCUAAUCCGGUUUUUCUUGUUUAUCUCGUUUGGGGUCAUGACGUGACGGAUAGGAUCACAUUGCAGAUUGAACGAGUCACAGCUUCUGUUAAAACAGUAAGCAUAAAGKCUUAACAGUGAGUUUAUCUGAGGUUCUGAUAAUUCACUUCUUGAUCCAAGGCUGGUACAGUUUGGACAACAUGCUAUAGACAUGGAAAAAACAGCCGAAAGUACCCAAGAAGAACCCUCUAUCCCAAAGCUGCUUGAGAAAAUCAACCACCAUAUUCAAAAAGAUGAAAGGUUUUUCUCAGCUGAAUUCUUCCCUCCAAAAACUUUCAACGGUGCAACGAACCUUUGUGCCAUUCUGUACCGUUUGUAUGAAAGCCAAACUAUUCCCUUAUUUGUGGAUGUAACCUGGAAGGCUUCUGAGGACCCUCUUUCAGACUCAUGCCGAGAGCCAACUGCAUUGUUGAUGUGUGCAGCAUCAAGACAAGUGAAUCGUUUUGACACUAUGAUUCACAUUCCUUUUAUGGGGACAACCAAGACACAAGUAUAUGAGCAUCUUCUGAAGGCCAAGGAGUUAGGUGUUGGUGGCAUAAGAGCUUUGAGAAAAGACUUUCCAGGUUCUUCGGAUCAAGAAAAUGCUACAAAUCAAGACAGCAAUGAUGCCUUCUCCAGUGUGGAAGAACUUAUCAAGUUUGUCAAGAGAGAGUUUAAAGAUCAAUUUGCCAUUGCUGUGACAGGAUUUUUAUCAGAGUCAAAGGACAAGGAAGUUUAUGAUGAUGACCUGGGAAAACUGAAGCGAGAAAUUGAAGCCGGUGCAAACUUUAUCACAACUCAAAUGUUCUUUGAAGCAGAGUCCUUCUUCAAGUUUGUGAAAGAUUGUCGUAAUAUUGGUAUAAAAGUGCCAAUUAUUCCUGGCAUUCUACCUAUUCAGAACUUGAGUUCCUUACGUCAGCUGAAGAAAAACGCGUCAGUAAACAUACCACAACACAUAUUUGACGCACUUCUUCCCAUUAAAGACGAGACAAAAAUCAUUGACUACGGAGUCAAGUAUACCACAGAACUUUGCCAGAAACUAUUAGCACACCCAGAAGUUCCCGGCAUUCACUUCUACACUUUAAACGUCGAAAAACCCUUAAAAAGAAUUCUUGGAAACCUCAACAUGACGAAAAACUUAGACGAUACUGUCAUGUUUCCAUGGCAGCAUAAUGACGUUCGCUUGGGCGAUGACGUCAGGCCAAUAUUCUGGGCAACAAGGCCAAGAAGUUAUUUAAUUCGAACUUCAGAAUGGGACGACUUGCCUAAUGGCCGAUGGGGAUUUUCGAGUUCAGCGUCAUUCGGAGAUUUGAAAGACUACCAUUUGUUUCUACUUGGUAAGCAGAAAGACGAGGACGAGCUGUUGUCAAUGUGGGGUAGAGAACUAAAGUCUGUAAAAGAUGUAGCUGAAAUAUUUGUUUGUUAUUUGACUGGAAAGGACAAUAAGCAUGGACACAAGGUGACAGAACUGCCAUGGGUUGAGGAAGAGUUAGCUAAUGAAACUAUCCCCAUGGUCGACGAGCUGGCCGAGAUUAAUAAACAUGGUAUACUGACAAUAAACAGUCAACCGUGUGUCAAUGCUGUGCCAUCAGACGAUUGUAAAGUAGGGUGGGGCAAGCCAGGCGGUUAUGUUUUUCAGAAGGCGUACAUAGAGUUUUUCGCAAAUGAAGAAAUUGCUCACGAGUUAUACAAACAAUUAAAAGAAAGCAAGAGGAUUAAUUUUCACAUUGUUAACUGUUCGGGAGACGACGAUGUCACAAAUGCGGAUGUGAUGUCACCAAUUGCUGUCACGUGGGGCGUGUUUCCGGGCUCCGAGGUCAUUCAACCGACUGUGGUAGAUCCUAUUGCGUUUCAGUUCUGGAAGGAUGAGGCGUUUUCUUUAUGGAAGCAGCAAUGGGGACGACUUUAUCCUGAAGGCUCCAAAUCACGUGACAUCAUCAAUUCUAUACACGAUACGUAUUACCUUGUUAAUCUGGUUGAUAACGAUUACAUAGCUGGAAAUAGCCUCUUUGAUAUAAUUAACAAUGUUAUUGAAAUAGUUAAUGAGAGGAAUGGCGAUCAUGAUAGAGAGGAUUGAAUCCUAGCAAAACGACUACUGAAACAUAGUUAAUAGAGGGGAAUGGCUUGGAAACCUUUUGUUGUACUUCUUUUGUACAUCUUUUGUACGAAUUUCGAGGUUGAAUCAGUCAAGACCGUGCACARCGUUUUUCUUACGGACGAUGGAAAUUGCAAAAUGACUAAACAUAAACACCCUAUAUGAGAUUAUGAUAUUUUAUUUUUAUCUUGGUUACAAUUUUUUGUGCGGCAUUUUGAAGAAAUAGUAAAAAAAGUAAUAUUCGCUCUGAUUAUUCAGAUGUGACCAGUAUGGCUAAAACGACAGUUCAACAAAAGAUUGUGCACUGGACAUCACGCUUGGUAAAAGUGCACAAAAACCUACAACAAGAGGCUUCCUAACCAUUUUCCUCCACAAACUGUGACUGAAAUAAAGUGGAACGAAUGACUUAAAUCUUUACAACUAAAAGAAGAAAUUACCUAGCCGUUUAAUAAAACAAACAGUAAAAUCAAAGAAUGGAUUGUCCUUAGAAAUUGAGGUCAAAAUAAAACGGAUUGGCCCAUUUUUCAUCAACAGACAAAUUGAAAUGACCAGAUAAAGACGCUAUGAAACAAAUCUUAAAAAUCGAAGUACACCAGCAACUGAAACUUGCCCUUUAUUCAUAAAAGAACCCAAUUAAAGAAUCGAAAAUGUUUUUGACCUCUUGGAAAAGGAGAUAAAAGUCUAAGGCGUGUGAAAUAUGCAGAUUAAGACAACUUUGUCUGGUUCAUUAAAAAAAUUGUCUGAUAGACCUUUAUACCUAAUUACAGCGUGUCUAGGCGUAAAUGAAGCUGCACUUUUUYUUCAAAAAUGAGAUUCUGGAAAUAGUUAAUGAUUUUUAAAAGGACGGUGAAAGGCGUAAUGAUCAGAUAUGAAAAUAUUGAAAUGCAGAAAUUACUAACUAAGGUAUAUCAAACCAAUAUAAAAUCUAUUUUAUGAUUUGUAGCUCGCAACAUGUUGUAUAUAGAGGAUAUUACACGGUGGCGCGAAGAUAUGGAUUUUAUCUUCGAAUGGUGGUAACCAUAUUUUACGAGUGAGCGCAACGAACGAGUACGAGAUUUUCAACACGAGAAGUUAAAAUUCGUAUCUCCAAGCGACUAUAUAACAUUCUGUUUAUCAUAUAAUUACAUAAAAAAGCAAGAUUAUGUCGUAAAAUACCUUUUUUCUUAAGUCCACUAUAUAGCGAAACCACUAGUGAAAAUAUCAACUUUACGCAAUGGAGAAACAUGGGUAUUCAUAGAUAAUUAUAUGAUAAAAUGGUUUAUUGAAAAUAAUAUAAAAUGCAACUAUAUCUUUAUCAAAAUGUAUGUUUAUCACAAAACUUGAGGAUGUUAUUUAAACGAAUUGUUUGAAAUAGGUUUAAAUUUUGAUAUUAAUAAAGCCGGACUUUUAUCAC